AUGGCUCGUCUGGAACAGGUCAUCAUAAACAUUGUGGAUAUAUUUAUGGAGUAUGCUGAUGAUGAAGGCAAGAAACGCAAGUUAAACAAGGAGGAAUUGAAGAAUUUGCUCCAGAAAGAAAUACAAAGCGAUGAGUUAAAAGGGAAAAUCAAUACAGAUGACAUUGAUGAGGCUAUGGAGAUGCUGGAUAAGAACCACGAUGGUGAGGUCAACUUCCGAGAGUUCUGCAGGUGUGUGUCUGCCCUGGCUAAAAGUUACUACCAAAGCAAGCAUGGCAAAGGUGGCAAGAAAGACAAGGGAGCUGAACCACAGUAA